AUGGGCGCGCAGAAGAAGAAGAUCAAGUUCGUGAACAAGGGGCUGUUGAGCCAGAAGAUAAAGCAGCGCAAUGUGAAGAAGAAGUUCCAGGCCAUGAAGGACAAGAAGCGCAAGCGCUUUGAACGCAACAGUGACGCGCCCAGCAAGAAGAAGCCGCAGCAACCAGUGGCCGAGAGCAGUGGCAGUGCUCAGACAGGGGACGAGUCCGAUAUGAUGAACGAGAUGGACGUGGACGAUUUCCUGAACUUUGACUUUUCACAGUCGGACGACGACAAUGACGACAGCGCGAGUGAGUCGAGGAGCAAGAGCUCAGUGGGGAAGACCCGAGAGGAGAAAGACGACGACGACGUGGGCUCUGAUGGCAGCGAUAGCAGUAGUGAAGAGGAAGACGAGAGCGCUCUAAACCCGCUUUACAUGACGGGCGCGUCGUUUGGUGGUGACGACGUUGAGGAGGAAAACGAGGACGUGGAAGCGGAAGUCGACAAGGAAGACGAUGACGAUCAGGUGGAGCAGACUGAUGGUCGUGUUGUGUUGACGAUGGAUGUGCUGCAAAAGGUGGAGCGGGAAUGCUUCGAGACCAAGUCUGCCAUGGGUCUCCGUCGCUUGAUGAAGAUGUUUAACGACGCGUGUCGCUCUAGUGAUGCGGCAGAUGUGAGCAAGGAGAGUGACAUCAAGUUUGACGUCCAGAGCAGCGCGGUGUACAACCGUCUGAUGGUGAAUGUGUUUAGCAAAACACACGAGACGUUGGUCGCAUUGACGGCGCUCGAGUCUUCCUCUUCAUCUGAGCAAGGCGCUGCAUUGAAGCUGGACGACAAGAAAUGGAAGAAACACGCGCUGGUGAUCCGUCGGUUCUUCAGCUGUGCGUGCUACCUGCUCGAGCAGACGACAGACCAGGACAUUCAGACCUUUGUGUUGCGUCAGUUGGUGCACUACACCCCGUUCGUGGUCCCGUGUCCCAAGACCUCGCGAAGAUUGCUGAAAGCUCUGCUGAAGCUGUGGGCAAAGUCGCUGAACGCCAACGUGUGCAUGCUGGCCUUUGUCCGCAUUCGCGACUUGGCUUUGGCGGUGCCGUUCCCAUUCUUGGAGCUCUGUCUGAAGGGCAUCUACGUGACGUAUAUGCGCAACACCAAGUUUGUGAACGAGUCGACCCUCCCUCACCAUAUCCUGAUGGGCAAUUGUGUGGUCGAGCUGUUCGGCUUAGACCUGAGCAGCUCGUACCAGCACGCUUUCGUGUAUAUCCGUGAGCUGGCAAUUGCUGUGCGCAAGACGAUCACCUCGCCUGGCCCGGACUCGUUCAAAGCUGUCCUGAACUGGCAGUUCUUCAACCAGCUGCGUGUGUGGACCGCCGUGCUGUGCGCGUACCCUGCCGAGAACCAGCUUCGAGCGCUGGUAUACCCCGUGAGUCAGCUUCUGCUUGCGAUCGUGCGGCUGUCAAGCACAUUGCGUUUCAUUCCCCUGCGCUUCCACUGCGUGAAGCUUCUGCAGCAGCUCGCGUUGGCCACCAACUCGUUUAUUCCCACAAGUCCAGCUCUGCUAUCGGUGCUGCAGCUGGAGCCGUUCCGGUCGUCGUACAAGACCAGCGGUAGCAAAAAGGGAGCCAAGAGUGCAAAGGGAAGCAGUGUCACAACUGACGUGGACUUGGAGCUCUGCGUGAAGCUGUCAAAGACGGCACUGGAUGCGAAGCGUGUGCACGACCAGGUCAUUGUGCGUCUGUUUGAGCUGCUGCAGCGCGAGUGUGACGUAUACAAGUUCAACGUGGGGUUCCCUGAGCUCGCAGUGCCGCUGCAACUUGCGCUGAACAAGUUCAUGCACGCAUGUGCGAUUCCCAAGUGGAAAGCGCAGGCGCGUGGUCUGAGCGACAGCAUCAAGCGACGUGCCGAGUGGAUCCGCUCCAAGCGUAGCGGUCUGGAGCUGUGUCCGAAAGACACGGACCUGCUGGAUGAUUUCAUGCGUGCAGAGCGUGAGGCGGCCGUGAAGGAGUUGCUUGAGAAGGACGCGAUGGAAUUGCAGCGCAAGCUGGACGCUUCGGCUGGGGCGCUGAAGACCAAGCAGAAGGACAGUGAGGCGUCAAAUGGACAUGAUGGCCACAAGGACGACGGGAACAAGAAGAAGAAGAGGUCGACAAAGCAGCGGGGCAGCAAGAUGGGUAGUACGUCCGUGGACCAGGACGCGGUGGCCAAGGUGAAGCAAAUGUCCCUCAAGGAGUUCCGCCAGUCAGUCGCUGCAGUCGACGCGGCCGAUCAAGUGGGCGACUUUAACCUGUCGUCGGACGAAGAGUAG